UGCUCAGAUCGUAGAGGAGUUGCUCGAGAUGGAUCCUUCGAAGGAACUGGUGCGUGGUGGAUUCCCAAAUCCCACAGAAGCCCAACCAGAAGCCAAAGGAUUUGGCCAUCAGUGGAUCGCAACCCUCGCCGGCCCACAGCUGACGGGUCACGCCUCGACCCUGCUCGGGAAGUUCAUAUACAUUUUCGGAGGCUGCCGUCUGCAAAACCUGAGCCGAGACCACGAGCCAAUAGAGAUCCUAGUCCUGAACACGGAGACAUUCCAAUGGAAGAUACUCGACCCACCGAAGCAGCUACCGGAGGAGACUCCAUUCAUGCGCUUCGGCCACACAGUCGUCGAACAUAACGGAUACGUCUAUCUGUUCGGCGGUCGUAGUUCUCUGGAAUUCUGCAGCGACCUGUUCCAAUACGAUCCCGUCGCUCAUCUCUGGAAGAAGAUCCGAACUCAUGGCACACCGCCAGAAUCUCUAGUUGGCCACACAAUGAACGUAAUCGGUGACGUCGCCUACGUUUUCGGCGGUCUACGCAACCACCAGAAUAAUUGUACUCAGCAGAUGCUCGCCCUGAAUCUACGGGAUUUCCGCUGGUCCUUCGUGGCGCAGAACGGAGAGAUUCCGUCAGCUCGUUAUUUGCACCGCGCAACUGUGAUCGACAAGAGAAUUUACGUAUUCGGGGGAAAUUACAAUGCCACUGAGAAGAGCCACUACGACGCAUUUUUCUAUUUUGACUCGGACACUCGGACGUGGCACAGAGAAGGCGCUCGCGAGGCGACGCCCCUCGGUCGGAGGAAUCAUUCAAUAUUUGCGUACAGAGGCAAUAUUUUCACCUAUGGAGGCUGGUGCAUCGAAAGUGAGGAAACCAGCGUCGACAUGCGCCGUUUCGACACCCAAACAGGACGAUGGGAGGAAUUUGAAGUCGGAGUUGGGGCUCUCGACAUUCCAUCAGGCCGUAGAUCUCACACCACCGUCGUAGUGGGAGAUCGCUUGUUUGUGAUUGGAGGCAUGGUGCUAACCGAGGACGACUGCUUGAACGUGACAUUCGACGACAAUGACGACGACGAUGAUGUCCGCCUUCAGGAUUUACGGAAGGACAACUUCGUAGUUCUCGAUUUUAGACCCUCACUGAAGACAUUAUGCAUGACAGAAGUUGCGCGAAACGAUUCCGAUCGGAGCGAGCUCCCGCGGAACGUCCGACUGCAAAUGUCCCGAAUGUUCGAUGGAGGGAAUUUGGCGCGCGUAAUCGAGCGGGGAAAAUGAUUUUCUCGGAAAGUAUUCAUUGUGAAGGAGCGAUUUCGAAUUCCUGAAUCUAUUGUGUGAAACCAAAAACAAAAAGCGUAUAAGCUAAAACCGAAUUCAGAUCCGUCCGUCGAGAGCAGACUUGUGACUACGAAGACGGAAUUCCGGCUCUCGACGUUUUUCUUCGCAGGACAAUUGACAGAAAAGAAAACUCUCGGGAAUAGAGGAAAAUCACACCGAUUCAAUUUUGAGAAGGCAUGAUGCAUGUAUGCAAAUAUACUCGAUGUUCGAACUAUGUUCAGGUCGUUUCAUCACAUCG